AUGAGGGAGCCCUUCGAGCCCCCGGCUCGCUUACGAGGGGGCGGCGCCGGCAUUGAUGCGCCCAAGCCGCCGGAUGCUCGGAAGAAGGAUCCGAAGAGUAAGAAGAAGGAUCUGAAGGAGGUGAAAGAGUCCUGGGGCAAGGUCGAUGAGCUCGAUGACCGACAGAAGCAUGACAUGGCAGCAUUGGGUAAGCAAGCAGAUGCACUCCGCAAUGUGAGGGAGCCCAAAAAGAAGCGCCGAUCUGAGAGAGAGAGCCUAGAUCCGUCGAUUCGCGAGAUCCUGGAGAAGUACUGUGAGUUCUCCGUGGAGCAGGGCCACUCGGAUGUGUCCUUGCAGAUGCAGCAAGCACUCAAAGAGCUUGCAAGGCAGUUGCAAACGACAGUGGAACGUGCCGAUUGUGCCGAGGAGACUUUGUCCUCUUUGCAGGCCCAGUUGCAGGAGCAAUCCUCAGCCAACAAAGAGCUGGACAAAGAGAGGCUCUCGGCGCUUCAGAAAGUCGAAGAGCUCCAGCUGCAGGCCCUGGAGCUCCAGAGUCAAGUCGAAGAGCGGCACCGCUCUUCAGAGCGGCACCUGGGCCAAGAAGAGCGGCAAGCGGCGCGGCAAGCGCAAGCGGCGGCGCAGGUGGCGCGGUUGGAGGCUCUGCUGAAGGAGGCCAUCCUGCGCGGCGCAAAGCUCAGCCGUGCUGCCGCCGAGGCCGAGGCUGCUCUGAACGAGACGGAGAGGCAAAAGAAGAACUUGGAAAAGUCUUUGGAGAGAGAGCGGCGAAAACGAGAGCGGGGAGCACACCAGCGACGACUCCUCGAGACCGAGCUGCAAGGCUGCGAGCGGCGUUGCUCAGCGGCCGAAGCAAGGCUGAAGGAGUACCUCCAAGCAGCCUCCGAGGGUGCGGAGAAAGUGGUCGAGGCACACAUGCAGCACUUGGCCUCCGCCGGCACCAGUCUGGCAGCCAAGGUGGAGGAACAGGCUGAGGUCAUCCAGGUGCUCCGCAGCCUGCUACAGGACCACAAGGACUUCAUCCGUCAGCAGUUGGGCUCGGAGCUUUCGCUGCCCUCCUUCCCGGAGCCGGCAGAGUCGGAAGAGAGGAUGGCCAACAACGGCACUGACAGUGCGCCACCUCGCCCAACGGGCCCGCCGCCACCUCCGCCUGGCAUUGAUGCCCCCAGCAGUGAUGUGGACCUGCACCACGACAUUGCUCGUGACAUUGGCCAGCAGGUGGAGGUCAUGAUUCUUGAUGCAAAGCAUGCGUCCGAAACGAAAGUGGGAAAGGAGAUCACAAAGAUCAAGGGCAAGAUGGAGGCCAUGGCCGAGAAGAUUAAGAUGAUCAAUGAGCGUGUUGCCGGCAUUGAGCCAGGCAGAAAUGGCCUUCUCAAGUCGGACCUCCAAUCGAGCAUCGCCAAGCUUGAGGAAGUUUGGGAGGGUGAGGUCGGGACUUUGAAGCACGAGCUUUGGCAGACCAUCCAGGCACACAACCACAAUGCCGACCUCCUGAAGCACCACAAGGAUGCCAUAGACCAGGUUCAAAGCAGAAUGACUGAUCUUGCUCCGAACCCUGAGCUCGAACAGGUGUGGUUGACAAGGCCCGGGAAGAUCGGAGACACACUGCUCGGUGCAGCUGGUGCCAAAAGACUCCUCGAAGGUGCUUCAGAGGGAAAUGGCCAAGGACGCCGCACCAAGCUGUGCUGCAUGGUUGGAGAGCAGAUCUCCGCGAAAGCAGCAUAUGUUCGAGGGGACCCACCUCCCACUGAUACGAAGCAGGAGCAACAGAUGGACCAGUUAAUGGCGCGGCUGACGGUGGUACAGCAGCAGCUUAUGUCAGUCUGGGUGCCUGGGCAGCAGAUGAGCCUUCCGUCCCAGUCCGUCGGGCGAGUCGACACGCAAAAGCUUGACGCGAAUCCUAUGCGCAUGAUUGCGAGGGCACCUGAAAUCACGCUUCUCGAAGGCAGGUAUGUCGUCCAUCGACACAUGUUGAUGCUCGUUUGGUUGAGCACAUGGCUGCUGUGCGCCGGUGCAGACUGGAUUGCAUGGACUGGCUCGGAACAGCAUGGCAGUGCCGUUGCAGAUGGAUGGCAGAAAGUCCCACGAGCAGAUCAGUAUGAAGUCUUGGACUGGGAAGUCGAGGGCAGAGCAAACGCCUACCGCUUCUUCUACCCGGGUGCCACGCACUACACGCUGGGCACCCCCAGCAGCUCAUCUCUGGUCGUGCACGUGUGGCAGCCUUUCUCAGAGACAGCGGCUGACGCAGCCGUGGGAGCGAACCUGCGAGGUGCCUUGUACGGUUUGUACCACCGGCACUUGCACCGCGUGGUCGUGAACGUAUCCAACGUCGGCUGGGAGAGGAUUGUGACGGAUCCGAUUUGCGAAGAAGGAGCCGUAUGCCCAGUUGCACUGCUGAUUGGAACGAGUCAGCUUCCGCAGCGAGUUGCAUCUGGUCGGAUCCAUCCUCUCGACGACUAUUUGGCGGCAUAUCUGCUGAAGCACCUGCAACGCUUGCCAGAUGAGUUUCAGAGCAUAAUGUACUACGACUACUACUUGACCUCCCGCUUCAUGGGAAUUCCCUUCGUGACGGAUGUUCGGCUGCUGGGCUUCAAUAAGACUACGCUGGAAAACCUGGGCCUGGAGCUUCCACCGCCACACGGUCGAUACGAUUGGACGUGGGAGAACCUCCGUGACACGGCCUGCGCGAUCACCGAGAAGUACGGUGUUGGAGGUCUAAUGGCGAAUUCUGACUGGGACGAGGAUGCCAAGCUCUUCAUGCUUAUGGUUCAAGCAGCUCAUGGGGCUCUCUUUCGAACCUACCUUGGUUCCGAUGGGCCUUCCCGGCAAUGCAACCUGGGGACGGGAAGGUCGGCAAUCGACACGUUCUGGAAGCCGAUGAUCCAGAGAGGCUGCCUGCGGAGUUCUGGCAAUCAGAACUAUUGGGGCAUCACUGGGACCUCCAACCUGACACCAGUUCUCGAGAAUGCAGUGGAUCCAGUACACCCACCCGACGUGUCCGGUUUCUCCAAUUACAACUACACCGAUGCUCGCACCUUGGGUUUCUUUAUAUCGCCGGGACUUGAGGAGGAACUCUCCUAUGGACGAUGCAUGCCAUCGCAGCUGCGACAACGGGAAGCGGUGGGCAACUGCAGUGCGCUUGAGACGCUGCAUCUGAGCCCGGACUCCUGCCAGCAACGCGCCUUCCGCCUCGGUGCCGACACCUAUGCCUACGCGAAGACCUUGAAGACUGAGGGCAGUGAAAAGGCCGCCUGUGAGGUGCUCCGCUGCAAGAGUGCCGGCCAGGUGGCCUCUUGGGCAUCAGCGCAUCCUCGCUGGGAGAUCGUCUCCAAGCAUUGUAGCGAGAUCUUGUAUGCCACGAUGCCCGAAAACCUGACCUAUCAGGGUGGAAGCGGCUUGGCACUCACCAUGCGAGAGAGGGGAGGAGAAGCGAACCAGUCUUGUCCAAACAUCACUGCCUUGUGGGAGUAUGACUGGCUUCGGAACGAUGAUGAACCUCCACCGUGUUGGGAGAAUGCAGAAGGAUGGCGCCUCAUUUCGGAACUUAUCGAUCUGGAGAAGCCCUACAUGCGUCAGGCCAACACGCUCAGGGAUGUGCAGACACUCCCACCUUUGAAGGACCUCUCGUCUUUCGGGACUUCUUUCUGGGAGCCGGUGAUAACUGCCCUGUUGCACGGCAUUCCAAGCCAGUAUCCGAACUCGCCGAUUCCCCAGUACGCUGAAGUGGAAUCCUUGAAGCCGAUCCGCAUCGCGCUCCUGCGGAGCAUCUAUGGAAAUGUUACGCCAGCAGAAUCUUUGCGAGAAGCCUGCAGCAUCGUGGACGAGGUCCUUCGACCGUGCAAUCAGUCGAAGUGGCGCACGGACCCGCGCUGCAAAAACCCAAGGGAUGGCCUACAGGGUUGUCCGGAAGGCUUUUUCUACCAGGAGACUUUUGAGGACUUUGGCUUGGGAUGCAUCAAAUGCCCGCGCGGGCGCUAUGCCGACGAGCGGUCUGUCAGCUUGGAGUGUAAAGCCUGUGUGGCCGGACACUUCUCGGAGGCCAUCGGCAGCACCUCCUGUCGGCAAUGCACCGUUGGUACAGUUGCACAGCAAACGGGAUUGUCUGAGUGUAUAGAGUGCCCGAUGGGACGUGCGCCCUUGGGCACUUCGUGGUGCCAUUCUUGUCCUCCGGCUACCUACCAAAGUGGCCCGACAUGCGAGCCUUGUCCGACUGGCUUCACGUCAAUAGAGGAGAGCACCAGCAUCAGGGCCUGCACUCGCAAGGGCUCCAUUCUCUUGUUGAACUUGCUCUUGGUUUUUUUCUUCGUUGGUCUGGCCCUGCUCUUGCCGUUGCUGCUUGGCCGUCCCCUUCCGAUCGACGACAUCUACAUGGAGGACGGCUGUGUGGUGGUGAAGACCUGGGGAGGACACCGGAUCGCGCGCUGGAGCCCUGUCCCGCUGCACAUCCAGCUCAAGCACACCCAGCAUCCGGAGGUUGAAAGCAGGAUGGGCGUGUUUCAAGCGAAAGUGCGGUGGCCCGACGAGGUGUGGCUGAUGGACUCAAAGGGAGCCCAUGUGACUGACAACAUCAACUGUUCCCGAGGGAGCCUGAGAUUGCAGAUGAGGAGCACCUUCUUGGGUGCUGUGAUCGGAAGGUUGCCGGCGGGGCUGUUUUUCAUAUGGCUCUGCGGCUGCCUGGGGGUCUUGAUCUUCGUCCUCAGCGAGAACGCUGAUGCCGAGGCAGAAGUUUUGCCCUACGUAUUGGCGGUCCUCUUCUUGGCACUGGGCUUGGCACUAGGAGGCUACUGGUACUGGUGGAGACAGGGCUUCGAGACACCGCUGGCACGGAAGCGAAACCAAUGGCGCGAAAAGCUGCUUCAAAGACACAAGCCGGUCACCAGCGACAGGGGUCCAAGCAGAGCCAUUGAUGCCGGGAAACUCUGUGAUUUUCACACCUACUUCCAGGAAGCCAUCGGAAAGCGCAACAUGAGCUAUGUCGUGUCCAACCUGUUGCUGCCUUUGACGAAGCAAGAGAGGAUGUCCUACGCGGAGCUAGCAGGGCCGAGUCCUGUAAACUGGUUUGUCUCGCACUGCUGGAGCAAUGGCUUUGCGGACCUCGUCGAGAGCUUGCGUCGGCUGGCCAUGAGCCUGGCCGAACCUUCCCAUACAGCGCAGGAGGCGGCGCAGGAGCCGCUCUGGCGCGAAGUUUCUUACUGGAUCUGCUCCUUCAGCAACAACCAGUGGCAAUUGGAUGAAGAGCUUGGGAAAGGUGACCCAAUGGCUUCAUCCUUCAAUCAGGCGUUGUGGAGCCCGACGUGCAAAGGAACCGCGAUGGUCUUGGAUGAGAACGCGGAGGCCCUGAGAAGGUCGUGGUGCCUUUUUGAGGUCUUUCAAAACUGCAAGCUCACUGCCGAGCGGAGCGACUACGAAGGUCUCCUGAUGUGUACGCCUGCAGGCGUGCUGCAAAAGGGAGAUGCCAGUGUGGACAUGGUGGUGGUACUCGCGCGGACCCUUUCCAAGAUCAAGAUGGAGGAUGCCACUGCGUCGAAGCCUGAGGACAAAAUCAUGAUUGACACUUGUGUCCAAUCGCUGGAAGGAGGCUUUGGUGAAGUGAAUCGCUUCGUACGCCACUGCAUCAAGACCGCCCUGGACGAAGCCCACAUGUCUUUCGAAGGACACUUUGCAGCGCUUGUGACAGCCCUGGAACAAGCCUCCUCCAACGUUGCCGACAUUGCUGGGUCGACGCAGUCAAUCGCCGCCAGCGGGGCAUCGCUUCAGAGCGCCCUCGCGGCCCAGGCUCGGGCUGCACCCGCAGCAAGCAGCAAGAAGGCGCAGAAGAAGGUCACGAAGACCACCAAGGGCGCCGGAGUUCGUCCCCACAUCCGGCUGGCCGGAAUCAUAGGACCUUUCUUGAUUGAAGAGCUUCAAAACGUACGGCAUCUGGCCUUGUUUUUCAGUGCACCCGAACGUGGUGUCUGCAGCCUAUACGGAGUGCUCCAGUGUCUGGUUCGUGAUACCAUCCGUGGUGCCGAGUGGAGCACUAUUGCUCAAUCUGCCAUCGAUUUUGUUCGAGCAGCAUCUCUCACCGGGGAGAUCGCGGCAGAUGCACUUGAGACGCGAGUGUCGAUCCGGUCCAAGAUCAAGAAGCGCCUUCGGACGGUGAAGAGGCAGCGGGUUGAUGCCAUGCUGGUCACGCCCCGCGAAGAAGAGAAGCACGACAAGCUCAUGAAAGUGGCACAAGGCAAACAGCUCACACUCCUGAGGCCAAAGAAUGCCUUCAAGUACCCGGACUCUGACGAUGCGGUGUUCCCACAACAUGAGGUCAUGAAGCCUGUCGAUUUCCGGGCACAGAACCUGCCCAUGGCCGGCACUGUAUUUCGGGGAAACCGUCGGAAAUACUCCAACGAAGAGAAAGAGAUGUUGACCAAGAUCAUCAAGGAAAACCACCCGAAGAUGGAGGUGCUCGCAGGCGGUGGCGCUGUUCUGGCGAAGACAGGCAAGAAAGUCUCCGUGGCCGAGGCCGAGCUGCUCGCUACGAAGGUGAACAGACCCGAGGUGGUGGAAUCUGUUGGAGAGCUGGCCACAGGCACGCGCCAGGUCGAGGCCCAGGAGCCAAUGCAAGAUGCACCACCUUCAGACAUUGUGCCGGACCCUGAAGACGGCGUCGACACAUCGCGGAGACCCGUGCUGAAGGACUCUCGGCGCGCCAAGCGAGCCGCGGGUCACAGGCCAAGGCCCAACUCCGUGAAGAAAGCAAGGAACCCUCAGGCGAAGAAGGCGACCUGA